UCGACUCGGAGCUCCCAAGACACGCAGCUCAACUCUUCAGGGAAUCUGACACAUGCAGCGACCUGUUCCGUCCAAUCCCGCCAGAUCACCAUCUCCCAACGCAGACCAAGUCUACACGAGUUUCCAACAUGAACGGGACAUCAAUUAGCGGGAAAACAUCACUCGAUGCCGCCGACUACGAUCCUAUCGACCACCUAAACCACCUCUUUCCACAUCCCUCAACCGUAACCUCAAUCAGCCGCGUUUCCGAUACACUACAGACUCAUAAGAAUGAUCUCGCCGUCGAAAUUUCCAGCCUCGAGGUUGCUCAGGCCUAUGGUCCCGAUUCGAGCCUCGAGCGCAUGCAGUCCGCCCAAGCCGAACUCGCCCAGCUCUUCCGCAAGAUCGAGACCGUGCGAUCCCGGGCAAUCCAGACCGAGCAAAACAUUACUUCCAUGACGGCCGAUAUAAAACGAUUAGAUGGCACGAAACGGAACCUCACACUGAGCAUGACCGCUCUGAAACGGCUGCAGAUGUUGACGACGGCAUACGAACAGCUGAGAGGCUUGGCCAAGACGAGGCAAUACCGGGACUGCGCGAGCCUGCUGCAAGCUGUGUUACAGCUUAUGAAGCACUUCAACAGCUACCGGAGCAUUGAACAGAUCGCCACGCUGAGCAGAGGCGUCUCGGAACUGCAGCGGGAAUUGUUGGAGCAGGUCUGCGAAGAUUUUGAGAUUGCAUUCGCCAAGGGAGAGGUCGCACAGCGCAGGGGUACACUGGUAGAGGCCUGUCUGGUCAUGGAUGCCUUGGGCGACAUGGCUCGGACGCGAUUGAUGAACUGGUACGUCAAUACGGAAUUGCGCGAGUACCGCCAGGUGUUUAGGGGCAACGACGAGGCCGGGAACCUGGACAACAUUGGCCGCAGGUAUGCGUGGUUCAAACGCAUGCUCAAGACUCACGAGGAUGAGCACGCCGUAAUCUUCCCGCCCCAUUGGCGCGCGAACGAAUUACUGGCCAUGGCUUUCUGCGACGGCACUCGAGACGACUUCAAGGGCAUCCUCGAAAGAAGCAUGCGCAAGACGGAUGGGCAGAAGAUCGACGUCAACCUUCUCCUGAGCUGCUUGCAGGAGACUUUGGACUUUGAGCAUGGCCUAGAGAGGCGAUUUGCCAACGAACCGCGCGCCAGCAUCGACACCCUGAGCUCAUCUGAUGACAGAGCAUCAAAUUUCCAUGGUUCGAUAUCAACUGCUUUCGAGCCAUAUUUGAGCUUGUGGGUGGAGUCGCAAGACAAGCAGCUUGCUGCAAUGAUACCAAAAUACCGAAACCAGCCUCUGCUUCCGGAAGACGAAGAAUUCUCUACGCAAGCCGUCAUUUCCUCAGCCAUUGAACUGUUCCACUUCUACAAACUCACAUUAUCACAAUGCGCCAAAUUGUCUACGAGUGACAGAUUAUUGGACCUUUCCAAAACGCUGGCAAAGUACCUCGACGAAUACGCACAGCAAGUUCUUCUGCACAUCCUGCAAAGGGCUGGACCUCAAGGGCCGCCAAUUCAAGACGUCAUUAUGGUCUUGAACACGGCAGAUUUUUGGUCUACGAAUACCACCCAGUUAGAGGAAAACAUCAAAAAGCGUAUCGAUAAUGAGCUUGUUAGAAAAGUUGACCUGUCAUCACAGGCCGACGCCUUUCUUGGUGUGGCCAGCGCUGCUGUGCUGACGUUGGUACGUAACGUUGAGAUCGCCUGCGAAGGAUCUUGGCGUGAGAUGCGUAACACAGGUUGGAGCACCAUGGAGACUGUGGGCGAUCAAAGCUCAUAUGUUGGUGAGCUUCUAUCUUCCGUGAACGGCAAAGCCGAGGAGAUACUGGGCCUUCUGGUCAAACAGCAAUACGCCAGAGCAUUUUGCGAUAACCUGGUGGACCAUCUCGUGAACGCCUACAUUAGCAACAUUGUACAAUGCCGCCCAGUUUCCGAGGUUGGCGCUGAACAGAUGUUGCUUGACAAGUAUGUUUUGACGAAAGCGUUCGAAAAUCUCCUGUCAUAUCACAACAAGUCUUCGUCAACACCACACGCGGCUCCAGCGGGCUAUAUCAAGCGAGUGAACCAGACAAUGAACCGCAUAGACCCUCUCCUCAAGACGCUUCAAGUCCGCCCUUCGCCGCCAGAGGGCUUGGUCCAAGCAUACCUGAUCCACAUUGCCGAUCGCUCCGAUACCAACUUUAGAAAGAUUCUCGACCUCAAGGGCGUUCGCAAAGCCGAUCAGGGCCACCUUGUGGAACUGUUCGGCAUCCACCGCGAGGGCAACCUUAGUGACAAGCUUGUCCAGCAAUCUCCGCUGCUCACGCCGUUAAUGGCGACCACGGGACUCGGCAGCUCGGGUCUUGGGGCCAUCAACGCGAGCACCGCUCUCACGAGCGCCAGCAGCGCCAUGCCUGGGUUGCCGAGCAAGUUUGACGCCACCUCGUUGGGCGAGAAGCUUCUGAGCGCGGCGAGGGACCUGGGGCAGGGAACGGGUCCAGGCGGCAUCGCGGGCACGGAGAAGGCGACCAUGAAUGAGAACCUCAAGAACUUUGGCAAAUUCUUCCGUAGAGAUAUCGGAGGGUUUGGUGCGAGGUUUGGGAAGAGGGACGAUAGUGCUGACGGUCAGCGGUGAUGUGAUUCAGGGUCAACGGAUGAGCAAGCAUAGUCGGAUAGACGGUUGAAUAGAAUGGUUCCAACUGCCACAGCC